UCGAAUGGCAAUUUCCUCAUGGAGUGCAAGCUGUGCGGUUAGGGUUUUCAGGGGAGCCAGACGAAAGCCGCACAGCACUUCACGAUCAAGAACAAUUGCCCCAAAAUCUCCGUGGAGCAGAUGGUGGAGAUAUGGAACAAGACAAAGUACGGGUUCGAUCCAAGCCAUGCACGGAAGAUCAUGGACUUUCUGAAGUCUCGUAGGUUGCGAGACAACAGAUGUGGAUCGGGGAGGGAGCCGGCGGGGAAUGAGGAGUUUGAGGACAGCGAGGAGGAGAGGAGGGCGGUCGAGGGUGGAGAUGAUGAUGGUGAGAGUGAUGCAGAGGACAUGGAGGUGCGGCGAGAGGUGGAGCGCGCCAGGGGAAAGUUGAGGAAGGAGAAGGCCGUUGACGAGGACAGCACCCCUGACGAGGACGCUGACACCGACGAUGACGAUGAGGGAGCAGACCUUGGGGCCUCUCUGGAUGGGGGGUUGAUGGGCGAUGGUCGUCGUGGCCAAGAGGGGGCAGCUAGGGCGAUGAAGGAGGUUGUGGGAUCGAAGAAGAGAAAGAGGAAGGCGAAGAUGACUACCACGGAGGCGAUAUCAGCACCUUCUGAGCCCAAAAAGAGCAGAGUUCUUCGACAGACGUCCAUGCUGGAGACCUUCGAUCCAGUGUGGCAACGAGAAUUCUCGGACUCCGUCCUGCAGUGGUGGUACGUGAGCGGUAUCCCAUUCGAGGCGGCGAGGAGGCCGGAGUAUCAUAGGAUGAGGAAGAAGUUGCUCGAGUGUCCGCCGUAUGCACAUCCGGCAUUACCCACGCACCGUGUUAUUUCGUGCAAAGGCAUCCCUCAGCAGCAACGAGUUGUGGCGGACAUGGUGGCGGCCAUCCACAGGGACAUUGAGGCGACGGGAGCGACCAUCCUCACGGAUGGUCGCAAGUCCAUCACGAGCGACCAGAUAGUCAACUUCCUUGCUGCUGGCCCCACGGGCGCGUACCUUUUCAGGACUGUGCAGCGACAUGGUGCUGUUCAGGAGACAGCAGAGGCCGUAGCGGAGCGAUGGAAGGACCUGUUCGACAAGUUUGGUGUCGACAAGGUGAACGCCAUUUGUACUGAUUCCGCGUCUGCGUAUGUUGCUGCGUCCAAGCUCCUCGCCCAGGAGGAAGUCAAGUACAGCCGCAUCACUUGGCUUCCGUAAGCGGUCCAUGUCUGCAACUUGUUGUUGUCAAACAUCGCGAAGGAUGGGCGUCACGGGAGCCUCGGGAAG